CUGUGAUCUAGUUUUGGGAAAGAACUCCCAGUAUUGAUUGCCCCUCUUCUCUUCUCGUGAAAAGUUUUUCAAUUCGAUGUUGUGGUCUAAACUUCUUUGUUGGGCUGUUGGUCGGUUAAACAAGCCUUGUUUUGUUUCUGGUUCAUAUUCAGAGGUAGCCUAUUGAUAUUAUUUAGGUAGAUUUCAUCGAGUAAAGCUGCGCCUCGUCUUCAGUGAGUUUUGGGAAAUUUGAUCUUGGGUGAUUAGUGGUUUUUCUUAUAUCGGAAGAUAAGGAGUUAGGACCGUGUGUUUUCCGAAGUAAAUAUCACCCGAAGCCUUCCCAGUGCAUAAACGUAUUACUCGCCUUUCCAUUGGUGUUCCUCUUCUUGUAUAAAUAUAAAAUGAACAGGGUGCCAGAGUUCAAUCAGUUGUUCCCCAGUGACUUCCUUGAAAUUAUAUGUAACUUCUGGAAAUAAUGCUCAAAACUUGUACUGCAUAUAAUUGCUUAGUUCGGACCAGAGCCUAUGUCAAGAUCUUACUUAUUUCUCUCAACUGUCCUAAGCAUAUGUUUUUUUUGGAUUUUGGAAGCUUUGCUUCGAAGGUCGUGUCAGAUUUUAGUUAUUUUGUGCAGUGUACUAUGCUUAAGUUUUGUAGAAAUACUCGGGAAUUCAUGUUCUGUGAUUCAUGCGAAAGUUCAUUUGGAUUCUUCCAGUUUGCAUCUCUUCAUUUAUGUUUUAUAUCAGUGUAUUUUUUCUGGGGUGUUGAUGAAUAAACUCAUAGUUCUUAUCAUGUUAUUAAAACAUACAGUGCUUCUGAACGAGCAAUAUCCUUUCCAGAUGUGUUACAGAGAACUACUUGUUGUGCUGAUUUGGAUAUUUUUACUGAUGCUAUUGAAAGACAUCCCCGUGUCUCUGGAGAUGCUGAAUUUUUUUUUUUUUUUUUGGGAGAUAAAACACAUUAUUGUGCGUUCUCUUGAGGUGAUAAUGAUGUUGCUGUCUUGUAGUGGACUAGUGAUAUCUAUCAUGAUAGUGCCUUUUGACUUCUUCUCCAUGGUCAGGUGCUAAAUUAUGUCCAUGUUGGUGAUAUUUAUGACAGACAAAAUGUGCGAAGGGACCCAACAACUACAAUAGCUAACGUUAUGGAAUGUAGAAGUUUUUUCUGAUGAACUAGGAAUUUGAAAGUGGAAAACUAAGCUAUAUGGAAGCAAGAACUUCUGAAGAUGGGCACGUAAUUGAAGUAUGUGGGGAUGUGCCCACUGAGAGUAACAGGGGUGGUGGGAUAAAAAUCUGUGGUGAGGCCCCGUGUGGAUUUGCGGACUCUAAGGCUGCAUCCAAGGAUGCGAAGGAGCGGUCAAACUCCAUGCGGAAACUCCUAAUAGCUGUUGCCCUGUGCGUCAUAUUCAUGGCUGUGGAAGUUGUUGGAGGAAUCAAAGCCAAUAGUCUUGCCAUUCUCACUGAUGCCGCCCAUUUAUUAUCAGAUGUGGCAGCAUUUGCAAUUUCCUUGUUCUCAAUAUGGGCCUCGGGGUGGGAAGCUACUCCACGCCAGUCUUAUGGAUUCUUCAGAAUUGAGAUUCUCGGUGCCCUUGUCUCAAUCCAGAUGAUUUGGCUGCUUGCUGGGAUUCUUGUCUAUGAAGCCAUCGUGAGGCUUAUUCAUGAUACGGGUGAGGUUCAAGGAUUUCUCAUGUUUAUUGUUUCCGCGUUUGGAUUGGUGGUCAAUAUUGCAAUGGCUUUACUGUUGGGUCACGAUCAUGAUCACGGCCACGGCCACGGUCACGAUCAUGGCCAUGGCCGUGGCCGUGGUCGUGGUCGUGGUCACGGUCACGGGCAUGGACAUAGUCAUAGUCAUGAUCAUGAGCAUGAUGAAUCCCACGACCAUCACGACCAUCAUGAGGAGGAUCUCGAGCAUGCUGAUGAGCAUCAUCAUAGUCAUGAAGCAGACGGAACUGAACCAUUGCUGAAGACUAGCAAGCCCAAGAAGAAGCAGCAGUCGGGCCUGAACAUCAACCUUCAGGGUGCUUACCUCCAUGUUCUUGGCGACUCCAUUCAGAGCAUUGGAGUCAUGAUUGGUGGGGCCAUCAUAUGGUACAAGCCCGAGUGGAAGGUAGUCGACCUAAUCUGCACGCUCAUUUUCUCAGUCAUAGUGCUAGGAACCACAAUAAGGAUGCUAAGAAACAUCUUGGAAGUGCUCAUGGAGAGCACACCUCGAGAGAUCGAUGCCACGAGGCUCGAGAAGGGUCUUUGUGGGAUGGACGAGGUAGUUGCAGUCCAUGAACUCCACAUAUGGGCGAUAACUGUCGGGAAAGUCUUAUUGGCCUGUCAUGUGAAGAUAAAGAGGGAUGCUGACGCAGAUAUGGUCUUGGACAAGGUGAUCGAAUAUAUUAGGAGAGAAUAUAACAUCAGUCAUGUGACUAUUCAAAUUGAACGCGAGUAGAGGUAGUUCUGAGAGGGAAUAAAAUUUUAAUGUCAAGGGAUGGACGGUUGUGUGCAAGGUAUGUGGAGAGGUUGGUAUGUUGUUUGGGUAAAUUAUGAUACUGAUUGAACUUUGCACAUUCUUCCUUCGCUAUUUUUGUGGAUUCCCUCAUAUGCUAUGGAUUAGAGUUGCUAGUUUUGCUAACUUCUGAUUCAGAGUUCUAUCCAUUUAUGUCGAUUGCGAUCUAAGAUUGUUCA